GGGCGAGGCGGGGCCGGAGCGGGGGCGGACCCCUCCCCGAGGGCGGGAGCUCGGGGGGCGGGGCAUGGGCCGCGCGGUGGGCCCCCGCCCCCGAUCGGGCCUUAGCGGCGGCUACAGCCACUUUCCUCCUGAGGAGCGCUUCGGAAGUCCGCGGCAGCCGUGUGCUCAAGAGGAAGCCAUAGAGGCAAAGCAAUGGUUAGAGACCCUGCUGGGAGCAAGCAGCCUCUGACUGCUUAAGGACCUGUGGGCCUCCUGUCUGGUGCCUCGAUGGAGACAGACAGCCCUGGGUUGAACACCAUGAAGCCCCAGUCACUACAGCUGGUGCUGGAGGAGCAAGUGCUGGCCCUGCAGCAGCAGAUGGCAGAGAAUCAGGCAGCCUCUUGGCGGCAGCUGAAGAGCUCCCAGGAGGCCCAGCAGAGGCAAGCGACCCUUGUGAGGAAGCUGCAGGCCAAGGCCCUGCUUUGUUUGCCUCAGGUGUUACAGUACCGGAGCUGGUGCCAAGAGCUGGAGAAGCGGCUGGAAGCCACUGGAGGACCAAUCCCUCAGAGGUGGGAGAGUGUGGAGGAGCCAAACCUGGAACAGCUGCUAAUCCGGCUGGAGGAGGAGCAACAGAGGUGUGAGAAUCUAGCAGAGGUGAACACCCAGCUUCGACUGCACAUGGAAAAAGCUGAUGUGGUGAAUAAAGCCCUUCGGGAAGAUGUGGAAAAGUUGACAGUGGACUGGAGCCGGGCCCGGGAUGAGCUAAUGAGGAAGGAGAGCCAGUGGCAGAUGGAGCAGGAGUUCUUCAAGGGCUACCUGAAAGGAGAGCACAGUCGCCUUCUUGGUCUUUGGCGGGAGGUGGUGACCUUCCGACGCCACUUCCUGGAAAUGAAGUCAGCUACUGACAGAGAUCUGAUGGAGCUAAAGGCGGAGCAUGUGAGGCUCUCAGGGUCUCUGUUGACCUGUUGUCUGCGCUUGACUGUGGGAGCACAGUCUCGGGAAGCCAGUGGAUCUGGAAGAACGGAUGGGAGCGAGCCAGCCCAGCUGCUGCUCCUGCUAGCCAAGACCCAGGAGCUGGAGAAGGAAGCACACGAGAGGAGCCAGGAGUUAAUACAGCUGAAGAGCCAAGGGGAUCUGGAGAAAGCUGAGCUUCAGGAUCGGGUGACUGAGCUCUCUGCUUUGCUGACCCAGUCUCAGAAGGAGAAUGAAGAUUAUGAGAAGAUGGUAAAGGCUCUGAGAGAGACAAUGGAGAUUCUGGGAAAGUACAGUGUCCCUUGCAAGUACAGAGACAUAGAAGUGCAGUGUGUCCUUAUCAGAGAGAGGCAGAGUUACAGAGAGAGGGAGAGAUCUCUUAUCUGCUGGUUUACUCCCCAAAUGGCUGCAAUGGCCAGGACUGGACCAUGCCAAAGCCAGGAGCUUCAUCCAUGUGGGUGCAGGGGUCCAAGCACUUGGACCAUCCUCUGCCGCUUUCCCAAGCACAUUAUCAGGGAGCUGGAUCAGAAGUGGAGCAGCCCAGACCCAAACGGGGUCCUAUAUGGGAUUCUGGCAUUGCAGGAGACAAACCAUGCAGAAUUAGUGGAACACGAGGCAUCUCUUAGUAAGAAUGCCCAGGAAGAGAAAUUGUCCUUACAGCAGGUGAUCAAGGACAUAAUCCAGGCCAUGGUAGAAGAAGGGGACAGUGUGGUGCAAGGCUGUGGUCAUGAGAGCUCCUCGGGCUUGGACUUGAGUGGCUUCUCCCAGUUUGACUCCCAGGACCCAGACAAGGCUCUCGUUUUUGUGCGCUCAGUGCUGACUCGAAGACGCCAGGCCAUGCAGGACCUAAGGCAGCAGCUUUCAGGCUGCCAGGAGGCCAUGGGCAUCUUGCAGCAGCAGCAUGACCAGUGGGAAGAAGAGGGCAGAGGCCUGAGACAGCGACUGCAGAAGCUCACGGGGGAACGGGACACUCUGGAAGGGCAGACUGUGGGCCUCCAGGGAGAGGUGGACUCUCUCAGCAAGGAGCGAGAGCUUCUGCAGAAGGCCAGGGAGGAGCUGCAGCAGCAGCUGGAGGUGCUGGAGCAGGAGGCCUGGCGUCUGCGAAGGGCAAAUGUGGAGCUUCAGCUGCAAGGGGACUCUGCCCAGGGUGAGAAGGAGGAGCAGCUGGAGGAGCUGCACCUGGCUGCCCGGGAAAGGGAGCGUCUUCAGGAGACGCUGGUGGUCCUGGAAGCCAAGCAGUCACAGUCACUCGCGGAAGUGCUCACUCUUCGGGAAGCCCUGGAGUCAAGUCGUCUGGAAGGGGAAUUACUGAGGCAAGAGCAAGCAGAAGUGACCGCAGCACUGUCUAGGGCAGAACAGUCAAUUGCAGAGCUGUCAAGUUCUGAAAACAGCCUGAAGGCAGAGGUAGCUGAUCUUCGGGCUGCAGCUGUCAAGCUCGGUGCCUUAAAUGAGGCUUUGGCCUUAGACAAAGUUGGGCUGAACCAGCAGAUUCUCCAGUUAGAGCAGGAGAACCAGUCUGUGUGCAGCAGAGUGGAGGCAGCAGAGCAGGCGAGGAACACUUUGCAGGUAGACCUGGCGGAGGCCGAGAGGAGCAGGGAAGCCCUGUGGGAAAAGAAAACUCAUCUGGAGGCUCAGCUGCAUAAAGCAGAGGAGGCCAGGGCUGAGCUGCAGCUAAAUCUCAAGGGCAUCCAAGAAGAGAAGGAAGAAAUUCAAGAGAAAUUAAAUGAGGCACAUCACCAGCAGGAAGCAGCUGCAGCUCAGCUGGAGCUGCUGCAUCAGGAGGCGAAGCGACAGGAAGAAGUGCUUGCCAGAGCAGUGCAGGAGAAGGAGGCCCUCGUGCGAGCCAGGGCAUCUCUAGAGGUUCGGCUGCAGGCUGUGGAGCGGGACCGCCAGGACCUCACCGAACAGCUGCUGGGACUCAGCUCUGCCAAGGAACAGCUGGAGAGCAGUUUGUUUGAGGCACAACAACAAAAUUCUGUGAUAGAGGUCACCAAGGGGCAGCUGGAGGUCCAGAUUCAAACUGUCACUCAAGCCAAGGAAGUUAUCCAAGGAGAAGUGAGGUGUCUGAAGAUGGAGCUGGACACUGAACGGAACCAGGCAGAGCAGGAGCGGAGCACAGCAGCCAGGAGGCUGGCCCAGGCUGAGCAAGAGGGGAAAACUGCCCUGGAGCAGCAGCAGGUGGCCCACGAGGAGGAGGUGCGCCGGCUCCAGGAGAACUGGGAGAAGGAGCGUGCCCGGCACCAGCAGGAGCUGGCUAAGGUUCUGGAGAGCCUGGAGAGGGAGAAGCUGGAGCUGGAAAUGAGAAUGAGGGAACUGCAGACAGAAACGGAGGCCCUCCGGGCACAACGGGAAGAGGAGCGGACGCAGGCAGAGAGCGCCCUGUGCCAGCAAGCCCUUGCCCUCCCCACCCCUCCACAGAUGCAGCUGGAAACGGAGAAGGAGAGAGUGUCCCUCCUGGAGACCCUGCUGCAGACCCAGAAGGAGCUGGCAGAUGCCAGCCAGCAGCUGGAACGACUGAGACAGGACAUGAAGGUGCAGAAGUUAAGGGAGCAGGAGACCACUGAGCUGCUGCAGGCCCAGCUGCGGGAGGCUCAGCAGGAGCUGAAGGAGGCCACCCAGCAGCACAGAGACGACCUCGCCGUCCUCCGAGAAGAGGGCUGCAGUCUGCUGCAGGAUAAGAGAGACCUGCAGCAGCAGGUGGAGGACUUGAAGUCUCAGCUGGUUACCCAGGAUGACUCCCAGAGGCUGUUGGAGCAGGCAGUUCAGGAGAAGUUGAGAGAGGCCCAGGAGUGUAGCCAGAUUCAGAAGGAGCUGGAGAGAGAGAAAGCCAGCCUGACUCUGUCGCUGGCGGAAAAGGAACAGAGACUCCUUGUUUUAGAAGAAGCUGAUUCUGUUCGACAGCAAGAGCUGAGCUCCCUGCGGCAGGACGUGCAGGAGGCCCAGGAAGGGCAGAAAGAGCUCAGUGCCCAGGUGGAGCUACUGAGGCAGGAGGUGAAGGAAAAGGAGGCUGAUUUUCUGGCCCAGGAAGCAGAGCUGCUGGAGGAGCUGGAGGCGUCUCGGGUCACAGAGAAGCAGCUGAGAGCUUCCUUGUGGGCCCAGGAGGCCGAGGCAGCCCAACUGCAGCUGCAGCUGCGCAGCACGGAGAGCCAGCUGGCGGCGCUGGCCGCAGAGCAGCAGCCUGGGAGCUGUGCUCAGGCCCAGCUUGCCAAGCUCUGCUGUGUCCUGCAGCAGGCCCUAGGGUCUGUCUGUGAGAGCAGGCCUGACCGGGGGGGUGGGGGAGACUCUGCUCCCUCCCUCUGGGGCCCUGAACCAGACCAGAAUGGCGCUAGGAGCCUCUUUAAGAGAGGGCCCCUCCUGACUGCCCUCUCGGCUGAGGCGGUGGCCUCUGCCCUCCACAAGCUUCACCAAGACCUGUGGAAGAGUCAGCAGGCCCGGGAUGAUCUGAGGGAUCAGGUCCGGAAGCUGGAACAGCAUCUGACCGAAGCUGAGGCUGACAAGAGCCAGCUCCAUGCAGAGCUGCAGGACCUGCAGCAACAGCUGACCCAGAACCUGGAAGAAAAAUCCAAGUGGGAAGGAAAACAGAACUCCAUGGAAUCUGAGCUGAAGGAACUGCACGAAACUGUGGCUUCCUUACAGGGUCACCUAAGGCAAGCAGAGCUGCAGAGAAUGGAAGCCCAGGGUGAGCGAGAGUUACUUCAGGUAGCCAAGGAGAACCUGACAGCCCGCGUGGAACAGCUGCAGGCAUCUGUUGCAGAAGCCAGGGCUCAGGCGAGCGCAGCUGGCAUCCUAGAAGAACACCUGCGGACGGUGCGCUCGGCGCUGAAACGGAAAAAUGAGGAGGUGGAGAGUGAGCGUGAGAGAGCCCAGGCCCUCCAGGAGCAGGGUGAGCUGAAGGUGGCCCAAGGCAAGGCUCUGCAGGAGAACUUGGCUCUGCUGACCCAGACUCUAUCUGAGAAAGAAGGGCAGGUGGAGACUUUGCAAGGAGAAAUCCUGGAACUGGAGAAGCAACGGGAAAUGCAGAAGGCUGCCUUAGAGCUGCUGUCCCUGGACCUGAAGAAGAGGAACCAAGAGGUGGAUCUGCAACAGGAACAGAUUCAGGAGCUGGAGCAGUGUAGGUCUGUUUUGGAGCAUCUGCCCAUGGCGGUUCAGGAGCGAGAGCAGCAGCUGGCUGUGCAGAGGGAGCAGAUCAGAGAGCUCGAGAAGGAUCGGGAGACCCAGAGGAGCCUCUUGGAGCAUCAGCUUCUGGACCUGGAGAAGAAGGCCCAGGUGAUUGAGUCCCAGAGAGGGCAGAUUCAGGAUCUGAGAAAGCAGCUGGCUACUCUGGAAUGCCUGGCCCUGGAACUGGAAGAAAGCCACCACAGGGUGGAGUGCCAGCACAAGGUGAUCGAGGAGCUGGAGGGCCAGAGGGAAAUGCAGAGGGCGGCUCUGACCCAGCUCACGCUGGACUUGGAGGAAAGGAGCCAGGAGCUGCAGGCACAAAGCAGCCAGAUCCAUGAGCUCGAGAGCCACAGCACCCUUCUGGCGAGAGAGCUGCAGGAGAGGGAGCAGGAAGUGAAGUCCCAGCACGAACAGGUCAAGGAGCUGCAGAGGCAGAAUGAGCACCUGGCUCAGGACCUUGAGAGGAGGGGACAGGAGCUGGUGCUGCAGAAGGAGAGGAUUCAGGUUCUAGAAGAUCAGAGGACACUGCAGACCAAGCUCUUGGAGGAGGACCUGGAACAGAUCAAGCUGUCCUUGAGAGAGCGAGGCCGGGAGCUGGCCUCUCAGAGGCAGCUGAUGCAGGAGCAGGCGGAGGAGGGCAAGGGCCCGGGGAAAGCACAGCGUGGCAGCCUCGAGCACCUGAAGCUGAUCCUGCGUGAUAAGGAGAAGGAAGCCGAGUGCCAGCAGGAGCAGAUCCAGGACCUGCAGGAGCGCAGGCGCCAGCUGGAGCAGCAGCUGCAGGGCCUGCACAGGAAGGUGGCCGAGAGCAGCUUGCUGCUGACCCAGCGAGAGCAGGAGAUACUGGUCUUGCAGCGGCACCUACAGGAAGCCAGGGAGCAGCGGGAGCUGAAAGAGCAGUCGUUCCAGAGUCAGCUGGAAGAGGCCCAGAGAGCUGUGACCCAGAGGGACCAGGAACUGGAGGCCCUGCAGCGUGAGCGGCGGCAGGCUCAGGGCCAGGAGGAGAGUGUGAAGGAGAAGGCCAGUGAACUCCAGGGGGCUCUGGAGCAGGCCCAUACAGCUCUGCAGGAGUGCCAGGGAGAGCUGGAGGAACACAAGGAGCAGGUGCGGCGGCUCCAGGAAGAGCUGUCAGCGGAGGGCCGGCGGGGGCAGGCCCUGGAGGAGGUGUUGGGAGACCUGAGGGUGGAGUCUCGGGAGCAGGAGAAGGCUCUGCUGACCCUCCAGCAGCAGUGUGCCGAGCGCACACAGGAGCACGAUGCAGAGGCCAGGGCCCUGCAGGACAAGUGGCUAGAAGCAGAGGCAAUGCUUAAGGAACGGGACCAGGAGCUGGAAGCUCUGCGGACAGAAAACCGGUUCUCCCGGCUUCAGGAGGAGGCUGCCUGGGGCCAGGUCGAGGCACUGCAGGAGGCCCUCAGCAGGGCCCAGGCUGUGCUGCAGGAAAAAGAGCGGCAUCUCCUGGAGCAGACAGAAUUGAGUCACAGUCUAGAGGCCAGCACCGCCACCUUGCAGGCCACCCUGAACACCUGCCAGACACACGCCCGGCAGCUGGAGGAGGCCCUGAGGACGCGUGAAGGUGAGAUCCAGGACCAGGGCCUGCGACACCGGGAGGACAUGCAGCAGCUCCAGCAGGCCCUUGCCCGGAGGGACGAAGAGCUGAGGCUUCAGAAGGAGCAAGGGCAGCUGCUGGAGAAGCUUCUGGCCCAGAGGGACCAAGAGGACGUGCUCCAAGAGAGGCAGAAUCCGGGGCAGCAAAGAGAAGAGGAAGAGAGGAUGGGCCUCCGUGAGAGUCUAAGGGAGCUGCAGUUGACUCUAGCCCAGAAGGAAGAGGAACUCAGGGAGCUGAGGGAGGCCCAGCAAAGGAAGAAUCCCGAGGCCUUACCCCAGAGCCACAAAGCUUCCUCAGUGGAGGAACCAGCUCUGAACUCAGAAUCUUUCGGGCCCAAACUGCAGCGAGACUUAGAACGCCUACAGGUAGCCUUGAGGCAGACAGAGGCCAGGGAGAUUGAAUGGAGGGAGAAGGCCCAGGACUUGGCGCUAUCCCUGGCCCAGAGCAAGGCCAGUGUCAACAGUCUGCAGGAGGUAGCCUUGUUCCUACAAGCCUCAGUCCUGGAGCGGGAAUCAGAGCAGCAGAGACUGUUGGAGGAGCUGGAAUUUACCAGACAGACUCUGGAGAAGGAGCGGCUGCAAAGCCCAGCCUCAACCCUCAGAGCAGAGCGGGGACCCAGGGAAGAGCAGGGUGAACAGCCUGGAGAGGUCUCAAGAGCAGAGACAGAGUGUGGUGCUGGAGUGGAGGAGAAGGAGCUGUGGAAACAAAGGCUUGAGCACCUGCAGCAGGCCGUGGCUCAGCUGGAGAUUGACCGGGGCAGGCUACAGCGCCACAACAUGCAGCUGCGAACCACCUUGGAGCAGGUGGAGCGUGAGCGGAGAAAGCUGAAGAAGGAUUCCAUGCGCCUGUCCCGGGCAGGGGCCCAGGAGCUCAGCCAAAGCCUGGAUUCAUCACCCACACAGCAGGAUGGACGAGGGGAACAGAAGGGCUCCGCACAGGCCAAGCACAUGGCUGAACUGCAGAAAGAGGUAGCCCUGCUGCGAGCCCAGCUGGCCUUGGAGCGGAAGCAGAAGCAGGACUACAUCGCACGCUCAGUGCAGACCAGCCGUGAACUCGCAGACCUGCACCACAGCCUCUCCCACUCGCUCCUUGCAGUGGCCCAAGCCCCUGAGGCCACUGUCCUAGAGGCCGAGACCCGCAAGUUGGACGAGUCCCUGACUCAAAGUCUGACGUCCCCAGGGCCAGUCCUGCUCCACCGUAGCCCCAGCCCCAGCACUACCCAAACCACCCCCAGGUAGCAGCCCCAGCCAGGGCAGGAUACAGACCAGCACAGUGCACAUGGACAACACAGACAACUGCAGGGGAGUCCUGGUCCCUCUGCAUGGCGGCAGGUUUGCCAAAAGAAUUGUCUGGCUCUGUUAACCCACGUGGAUGCCCCAGAUCAGCCACCCAGGAGGAGAAGAAACCAGCAAGAUUGGGGAGCACUCCAGCCCGCAUAGGAAUGAAGCAAAUUUUGUUUGCCUGCCAGGCCACGGAAUCACCCAGAAGAGUGCCUUGCCCUGGUCGAGGGGCGUUACUGCCUCUCGUCUAGAGUUUAUUUUCCCAGCACUUCCCCUCCCUCACCUUCCCUGUCAACAAUAAACCUGGGGUCUUUGUGUUAA